UGAAGGCAGCAUUAUUUCCUGUUCAAAGGAUAUAUCGUCAGUACAAGUCAAAGGCAGUUUAAUGUAUUUUCAGCUCAGGUAUUUGCUUGACACGCAGUUUGUAACUUCUUUCCUGAGCUAUGACGCUUUAGAAAGCCAUACAGCAAUGUUUCUGGAAUAUUUCGACGCGGCUGGACGACUCGGAAAUUUAGCGGGCUCUACGAGCGAGUGAGAGACAUGGACAACUCUGUCACCCUGUGGCAGUUCCUUCUCCAGCUCCUUUUGGAUUCCAGCAACGAGCAGCUGAUCUGCUGGACCAAUGAGGAAGGGGAGUUCAAGCUGCUGCAGGCCGAGGAGGUGGCCCGGCUGUGGGGAGCCCGCAAGAACAAGCCCAACAUGAACUACGACAAACUCAGCAGGGCUCUCAGAUACUACUACGACAAGAACAUCAUAAAGAAGGUGAACGGUCAGAAGUUCGUCUACCGCUUUGUGUCCUACCCUGAUAUCCUUAAAGGAGAUGUAGGCACCCGAACGGAGGGAGGGGAUGUGGGUGCUGGAGGUGUCCCUACCCUGAUGAGAAGAGGGGACAGCACCCUACAGGAGGGUGAAUCUGGUGACCGCAGCAAGGUAGGGGGUAACACAGGCGCUCUGAUCUCCAGCACCAAGCAGUCAAACCGUAACGACUACAUCCACUCUGGCCUGUACACUUCAUUUACCCUCAACUCGCUGCAAAAUGGACGCCAGCUCUUCAAAUCCAUUAAAAUAGAGAACCCGGCUGAGAAGAUGGCUGAAAAGAGGGGUCUCUCCUCUGCCACUCAGAGCCAGGAGCCUCAACCGCCACAGACAGCUGCGUUGCCGUCCGUCAUUAAGUUCGGAAACACCCCUCUAAAGCCGGCGCCGCCUGCUCAGGUCGCCAUAGAGUCAACCAUCAUUUCCACUCAGCUGGAGCCUCUGCAAGCUCCACCCCCAAGAGCGGAAGACAUCAGCACACACUCCAGCCUGCCGUCCCAGCACAUGUACUCGUUCGAACACAUCCGCCCGUCAGAAUCGCACUUCAGCCUGCCGGACCUGACCUCGGCCACGCCGUCCCCGAGCUUAGUUCCCGACUCCUCCCAGGAGCUGGUGAUCGACAGCGACAUGGAGUCCGGAUCUUCUCAGCCUGCAGACGCUCUGCCACUGGAACCCACAGAUGCUCAGGCAGAGAGGUUGGAAAGUGGUAGCGGUUUGUCCGGAGACGAGACCAUCAUGGUGGACGCCGAUACCAGUUCGUCGUCGGUGAGCAGCAGCAGCACCACAGUCUGCACUCAGAGCUCAGGAAAGGCACGCAAGCCACCCAAAAUCCUGCAGAUCAGCCCGCCAACGCUGCUGGUCACUACCUCUGACUUCUCCCCCAUGAGUCUGUGCAGCCCCUCUCUACCCACCGCCUCUCUCACACCAGCAAUGCUACAGACUCCUACUCUCUUGCUGACUCCCAGUCCCCUCCUGUCCAACAUCCACUUCUGGAGCACGCUCAGUCCCGUGGCUCCGCUCAGCCCUGCCACACGACGCCAGGGAGCCCACCUGUUCCAAUUCCCGUCAGUCCUCACCCCACAGUUCCAGAUCCCCAUGCACAGCAUGGAUGGGACCAACACGCCUGGCCCCAUUUCCCCAGACCCUCAGAAGACAUAGGGUCAACCCCCUCCCCCCUUCCCCCUCCACUAUUUCGCUGCAUUAGAUCCCAGACAGUCAGACAUUGCCCCCUCCUCCCCCACAUCCAGGACUAUGAUGUGGGAGCUGAGUCAUUGCCAUUCCUCAUCACUCUGGUGCUUUAACAUCCUCUGCCACACACAUAAAGUCACACUACAGUCAAGAUGUGUGGAGGGAUGUGGAGAGAUGCUGGCAGUCCAGGUUCGAUGGAGGCUUGUUUCAUAGCACUUACACCCUGAGGAUGCUAUUCUGUACACACGCACACACAACACAGACACACACACACACACACACACAC